GUGAAGCUGAGAUCUGAGCGAUCCAGAAGCGCAGCGCUCUGCACUCGCUCUCUCGCAUCUCAUCUGAUGCUCGGAUUCUGUGAUUGGACAUCCUGAGAAGGAUGACUGGGAAGACUCAAACCAGCAAUAUAACAAACAAGACAGACCCUCGCUCUCUGAAUUCCAGAGUGUUCAUCGGUAACCUCAACACUGCUGUGGUCAAGAAAACUGACAUAGAGCUCAUUUUUGCCAAGUAUGGCAAGAUUACGGGCUGCUCUGUGCACAAGGGCUUUGCUUUCGUCCAGUAUGCCUGUGAGAGGAACGCUCGAUUGGCUGUGGCUGGUGAGAACACCAGGGUGCUGGCUGGACAGACCUUAGACAUUAACAUGGCUGGAGAACCACGUCCUUACAGGCCAAAAGUGGGAUCCAAGCGACCUUUCUCUUUAUACAGUGGCUAUGAAUUUCAUUAUGAUUUCUACAGGGAUGAUUUCUGUACCAGGAUUUUUGACAUUCAUGGGAGAUUAGCACCGUCCCCUCGGGCUAUGAUACCUAUCAAGCAUUCCCGUUUGGUUGCACUCUCAACACGCAGGACAAAAAACUCUUUCCAGCCAAAGAUGUCCACCUCUUCUCAUCUAAAAACGACAUCGUCAGGUUCCUUAUGCUUGAAAUCCGAUCAGCUCCUGACAAUCAAGAAAGAACUGUCCCAGAUAAAGAUUAAGAUCGACUCCUUACUUGGAAGGCUAGAGAAGAUUGAACAGAAGCAGUUAGCAGAAGCAGAAGCCCACAGGAAGCACGAGAAGGCCUAUCAAUCUCUCUAUAGUGAGACAGAAGAGGAUGUGGAUCAGGAACAUCAGGAAGCGGGGUCUUGGGAAGUGACUGAUGAAGGUGAUGAUGGAAAUGACAGGGCUAAUGGUGAACUGAUAGAAAACCACAUAUCUGAUGUAGACAACUGAGCAAGACUUUUGUGAGAUGUCACUGUUGGAGAUCUGAGACUCUCUGCUCUCCAUGUAAGAAGAAUACUAUAUUGUGCAAUUUAUUGCACUCAUCAUUUUCAGUCGGAUUUGAGCAUUCAUAAGCAAUGCCCUGUAAACUAAAAACCACUUUAGCCAUUCAUUUCUAAGUACUGAUGUCUCUAAAAUGUCUCAUUAUUUGACCUUCAGUAUCAGGCAAACAGAAAGUCCUCUUUUGCUUCAAUCAGUGUAUAACCUGUAAUGUAUUUCAUAAAAAUAUAGCAUAAACAGAAAUUCUUUGAUAUUUCUAUAUUCAAA